UCUGGUUGUCUUCUUUGGAAAAAUGUCGACUCAUGUCUUCUACCCAUUUCUUAACUAGAUUACUUGGUUUUGGGGUGUUAAGUUUGGUAAGCUCUUUCUAGAGUUUGGUACUAACCCUUUAUCAGAUAUGUCAUUGGCAAAUAUCUUCUCCCAUCCCGCAGGCUGCCUUUUAGUUUUGUUGAUUGUUUCCUUCACUGUGCAGAAGCUUUUUGUCUUGAUGAAGUCCAACAGUUGCCCUUGGAUUAUCAUUAUUGUGCCAGGUCUACUCUUCUCCUUGUGGUCCAUGAGAAGCAUGUCCACAGCUAAGGCCUGGAAUAGCUCUUCAGUAACCAUGUUCAUCUUCCUGGGAUUUGCAGACCAUCCAGAACUCCAGACCCUUCUCUUUGUGACCUUCCUGGGUAUCUAUCUCGUGACACUGGCCUGGAACCUGGCCCUCAUCUUUUUGAUCAGAGGUGACCCCCGUCUGCACACACCCAUGUACUUCUUCCUCAGCAACUUGUCUUUCAUCGACAUCUGCUACUCUUCUACAGUGGCCCCCAAGAUGCUCACUGAUUUCUUCCGGGAGCAAAAGACCAUAUCAUUCUUGGGCUGUGCUGCUCAGUUUUUUUUCUUUGUCAGUAUGGGUCUCACUGAGUGCUUCCUCCUGACUGCCAUGGCAUACGACAGAUACGCAGCCAUCUCCAAUCCCCUGCUGUACACAGCCAUCAUGUCCCAAGGCCUCUGCACACGCAUGGUGCUUGGGGCAUAUGUUGGUGGCUUCCUGAGCUCCCUGAUCCAGGCCAGCUCCAUAUUUCAGCUUCACUUCUGCGGACCCAACAUUAUCAAUCAUUUCUUCUGUGACCUCCCUCCAGUACUGGCACUUUCUUGCUCUGACACCUUUCCUAGUCAAGUGGUGAAUUUUCUCGUGGUAGUCACUAUUGGGGGGACAUCAUUCCUCAUCCUCAUCAUCUCCUACAGUUACAUAGGAACUGCUGUCUUGAAAAUCCGUUCAGUGGAAGGCCGAAAGAAAGCCUUCAGCACAUGUGCCUCACACUUGAUGGUGGUGACUCUGUUGUUUGGGACGGCCCUUUUCAUGUACCUGAGACCCAGCUCCAGCUACUCGCUUGGCAGGGACAAGGUAGUGUCUGUGUUCUAUUCACUGGUGAUCCCCAUGCUGAACCCUCUUAUUUACAGUUUGAGGAACAGAGAGAUCAAAGAUGCCCUAUGGAAGGUGUUGGAGAAGAAAAAACUGUUUUCCUAGUUCACGAUUGAAAAUAUAUUUCUCCAGAGACAAAUGAUCUCUGGCAUCUACCUCCACCUCUGACAUUGACAAGGGAGACAUCUUGUGUGCAUAUUUGAAAAUGGAGGCUCCUCCCACCAGAUUUCUCUCACCAUUCCUCAUGGCCAUCUGCCUACUGACCCACCAUGGAUAGUCAAAAGGAGGAAGAGAUUACUUCAGCAAAAACAUCACCCCAGGAUACCCAAUUGGUAUUACAACAACCACCUUUUAUUGGGUGCUUAAUGAGUACCAGGCACAAACGUUAUUUAAUUAAAUAAUGACGCACAUAGCACCAUCCCCAUGUUAUAAAUGAGGAGACAGAGUCCCAGCAAGGAAGACUGACUUGCCCAGGACCAUACAGGAAAAGGUUGAACCCAUUCAGACCCAGGUUUUCUGAACUCCAGAGCCAGUGCUCUGCCCAAAUGCUACCUUCCACAUUCAACAACAAACAACCUUGAAGUUGUACAAGUGUAUGACUCUUGUUACUAGCAUAUGGCAGAACCCAAAAAGAUACACUAUAUAUGGUUGAGGUGAAUGAGAAGAAUAAGAUACCUACUCCAUUAAACACUCUUCCAAGACCUCCCUGUUGGAUUGCCAUUACAGCUACUCAAUAAUUUGCUAACACUGAAGGACAUUACCCUUUGCCGCCAUUUUUCUCUAUCUCCACUACAUUGGGGCCUAGAAAUUCUGAACUCAACGGAAUCACAUCAGUGCUCUUCUUCCCAGUCUCAAUCACCGAAACCACCUAGUUGGUCAGUAUCUUCUAGAUUUCUACCACGUCAUCCUGUUCAGCACCUGACUCCAUUUCAUAGUAUGGUCUCCUUUUCUCACCAUAUUCUGAGUUCUUCUUGCUCUCUUCUAUUUGAACCCAUUGCUCCUAUAAGAUCCUUGCUUCUUUCCCUGUAUAGAUUAGCCCUUGCAGACCCACAGUGAGUAUUAUUUGCUAUCAUCUCAGGAAGGUAUACCCCAGGCUCUCACCUCCAGGUCAUUACUCCUUUAUGGAAGGUACUUACAGUGGCCUUGAUCAGCACAACCAUUUCUCCUGGCAAAUCCCUCUCUCAUUGUUCUGUGGCUCUGUUCCCUUCCCAACACACUGACUUUCCAUUCGUGCAGGUCUAGUGGAUAUACAGAAAGAUUUAAUUUGAUUUUGUUGUUCAUGUAAGUGGAUUAAUUAUUUCCUUUGUACCUGGAAGAGUGUAAAGAAUGCAUGGGGAAGAAAGAUAUCUGUGUUAGGUCUCCUGGUUUCUCCAGUCUCCUAAAUUCAUUCCCACCCAAGGUCAAGCAAACUUAAAAUGACCCAUAGAAAUAACACCCAAUGGUAUUACCCAAUGGGUAACUUUUCCUGAAGUUCCUUUAUCAGUUACCUUUAUGAAUAUUAGAACCCAUAUGACAUCAUUGUAUUGGAAAGUCUGGAGAUCAUUUCUACUGAUGGUUGCUACACCCUGGACAGCUCUAGUUUUGUGCUUCCCCAGCUGGCUGAGGAUAAUGUGAGGAGGUCUUUGUGAUUAUUUAAAAUGUAAGAUCCAAUGGAGGGGCCAAGAAGAGCAGACUUCAGGACCAAAAAAUUGAUUAUUCCUUUGAAGCUUAGCAUUGAUAUGCUUGAAUUCUGGGGGUUUUUUUAAUCCAAAUGAAUACAACUUGAUUAAGGAUAUUCUUUCUUCCUAAAAGAAGUGAUUCAAUUUAUGACAAUUAUGGGAAAAGGUUUACUUAAAGAAAAUCUUUAUUCAAUAUCAGAUCAUCUUACCUUCUUCUUUAAGUUCAAACAUACACACAUCCUCUUUGUUUUCCCUUAUGUCUUAUUUUGCAACCAAUCUUAGUUCAUAUACCAUAGACCUCCACGUGACCUCAUGAAGGAGCUUUACAUGUAAGCUUUACACAUAAGUACAUGUAAAAUGUGGCCUCUACAUAGUUUGAUCUGAGGAAUCUGAGUGUAUUAGUUUAUUAUCACUACUGUAAGCUAAUUGCCACAAACGAAGUGGCUUCAAACCACAUACAUUAAUUAUCUCAACAUUCUGUAGCUUAGAAGUUUGACAAAGGUCUCACUGGGUUGAAAUCAAGGCAUCGGCAGGGUUGUGUUCCUUUCUGGAAGCUCUCGGAUAGGCUCCAUUUCCUUGCCUUCCCCAGCUUCUAGAGGCCACCUGCAUUCUUUAGCUGGUGGUUCCCUUCCUCCAUCUUCAAAACCAGUGAUGUCACAUCUAUGCUGAGCUGGGAAAGGUUCUCUGUUUUUUUUUUAACUAUGUGUUUAAUUUUAAUUCCAGUGCAGUUAACAUACAGUGUUAUAUUAGUUUCAG